AUUUUGGACCCAACAUCUGUCGUGAAUGGAACAACGAUAUUGAAUUACCAAUGGGCAUGAUUGGCAUGAAUCCCCAAACCCCCAAACUGAACUUUUUUUUAAGCAUUUAGCAAUGGGGGGAAGGAUAUAUCUUCACACCGGACUCCACGAUCCUUCUCCAAUGGCAGCAAAAUGGGAAGGCCGGGUUACAGAAACCUUAACCGUGGCGACGCCGGACCAGAUAUGGCCCAUGAUAAAGGAUUUCUUCAACUUCCACAAAUGGUUUCCAACUCUAGCUAAUUGCUACGGACUUUCAGGCACCAACGCCGAGGUGGGCUCCGUCCGGUUCUGCUCCGGGUUCUCGAUUCCCUCCUCCGACGGCUCAGAUGGCGUUGUUAGCUGGUCCAAAGAACGCCUGGUGGGAGUGGACGAGGAGCACCGCCGCAUAUGCUACGAGAUAGUGGAUAGCAACAUAGGAUUCAAGUCGUACGUGGCGACGAUGGAGGUGGGCAGUGUGAGCGGGGGUGGGUGCAUGAUUGAGUGGAGGUUUGAGGUUGAGGCAGUGGAAGGCUUGAAGCUGGAGGAUUUGGUGAAGAAGUAUGAAGUGGGAUUGAGGUCGAUGGCCAACCGAAUGGAGGCUGCUGUAGUAGAAAAUGAAAUCACAAAGUAACCAUUCGUUGAGGUUCUUAUUGUAAUAAUUAUGCCUUUUUGGCUUCUCCUCAAUGCUAAUUUCAAUUUCUGUCUUUUAUAUUAUAUAGUUACUAUCGUUCUUGAAAAAACCAUGCUAAUGUCAGCCAUGCAUGUGGUAGCGAUUCCUUUGUCCUUUCUCCACUUCAAAGAAAAGUUCAAACAUCAAUGCCCAACAUUUCUA